AUGAGACCUUCACGAAAAACAGUGAACCCUUCAGACCAGGACAGCUCAGACGAUGAUGCUCCUCUGUCUAAGUUGGCGACAAAGAAACGAAGCAACUCACGAAAAACAGCCAAAAGACCUUUGAAGAAAGAUCAAAAAGGAAAAGGCUCCAGCUCCGAGGACGAUUUGCCUCUGUCUAAUAUGAUGAAAACGCAGAGCAGUAAGAAAGGUGGAGAUGACAGCUCUGCGAACGAUGUUCCACUUUCAGAGCUCACAAAGAAAACUGUUAAAGAGUCACUGCCAAAAAAAACUGACUCAAAAGGUACAGACAGCUCAGAUGAAGAUGUUCCUCUUGUAAAGUUGGUCAAAAACAGUAAGGACAGAAGUGUGAAAGCUUUGAACAAAAGUAAAAAUGACCAGGACAGCUCCGAUGAAGAGGCUCCUCUGUCUAAGUUGGCGACAAAGAGACAAAGAAACUCACGGAAGACUGAAAAAACAACUUCGAAAAAAGAUCAAAAUGGAAAAGGCUCCAGCUCAGAUGACGAUGUGCCGCUAUCCAGUAUGAUGAAAAAGAAAGAUGACAGUUCUGAAGAUGAUGUUCCACUCUCAGAACUCACGACCAAGAAGAAAACUGUUAAAAAGUCUAAAGCUGACUCGGAAGGUGAGAAAGAUAAAGAAGACUCUGAAGAUGACGUUCCUUUGUCAAAGAUUGUAACUCAGAAAAAGGGAAAGAGAAACACGUCUAAACCAGAGACAGACUCAGAGCAGAGCGAAUCCUCUGAUGACGAACCGCUCGUGAAGAAGACAAAGACGUCUUCAUCAAACAAAACGGGGAAAAAGACAAGAGGAGCAGAGAAGAAACAAGGAAAGAAAAGAACCAGUGUCACUCGGAGGAAUUCAGCAAAAAAAUCUAAGAAAGAAGUGUGGGACAGUGACAGCUCUGACGACGAGCCUCUGAGGGAAAGAAAAGUCAAUAAAAACAAGACUCGCGUUUCCCAAAGAGCCGCAGCUCAAAAACCAGUUUAUUUUGAGGACAUCCCGAGCGAGAGCCCAGACAGCGACGCUUUUGUGAAACCAAAAGCAGCCAAAGCUCCUGCAAAGAAGUCGUCUCCCGCCAAACGCCCAGCAGCUAAAGCUCAACCAACUGUGGACUCAGAAGACGAUGAACCUUUGGCAAAUCUUAAAGGAUCCAACUCUUCAGCCAAACGUGCCGCUGCCAAACCCAGACCAGGCAAAUAUGUGGAGUCUAGUGACAGCUCAGAGGAUGAUGUUCCUUUGACAAAACUUAUAACAACAAAAUCUGCUGUAAAUAAGAAACAAGCAGCGGCCAAAUCAAAACAAGGUGAUUACGAGUCCAGUGAAGGCUCAGACGACAAUGUUCCUUUAGCAAAACUCACAACAUCCAAACCGGCAAAGAAAAACUCCAGUCCAGCCAAACGCCGCUCGGCUAAAUCCAAACCGGAAUGUGAAAGUGAAAGCUCUGAUGACGAUGAGCCACUGAUUAACUUUGUGCAAAAGAAAGGAACAAAGAAAUCAUCUGCGGCCGACGGAGAGAAGAGCUUCCAGGAGCCGUGGAACCCGUUUGUGGCAGGUGAUGCUGCCGUAGUGAGAGUUGCUGACCACAUCGAAAUAAAGAAAUUAAUAAAGGUUAUUCUGGACAGAUGUGAUGUGGAAGAAGCUUAA